UCUCUGCAUCAGUUUGAAUCUCCAUCCAACACGUCUAACACGCCUGCAGAGAUCAUGUGACCACUCACAUGCACUGGACAUGCACGUCCCCCUGGACACAGGCUGAAUAACAUCUAUAAACAGUUGGUUCUGCAGAUUGGAAGUUAUAAGGGGGAUGCAGAGUUUUUACUGGAAGCAGAGCUGCUUGUACAUGUGUUUACAGGUUUUAUUAUCCAGCAUAUCAAGCUCCAGCCUGUACUGCUGACACACCUGAGAAACCAGGAAACAUCAGGCGGAGACGCAGACGGAAAACCAGACGAUAACAUUCACCUUCCACCAACGUCCUGAGUGAGUCCAGCUACAGGAGGGAAGAGUCAAACUACCACCUGCCGACGCUCCACACACUGACCCUUCACCUGGAGACUCAAUGGCUUCCAGAUCAGAAGAGAAUCUCUGCUGUUCCGUCUGCAAAGAUGUCUUCAGAGAUCCUGUCAUUCUGUCAUGUAGCCACAGCUUCUGUAAAGACUGUGUGAAGAGCUGGUGGAAAGAAAAAGAAGGACAAGCGUGUCCACUUUGUAAUAGAAGGUCUUCAAAGAUGGAACCACCUUGUAACCUGGUGUUAAAGAGCCUGUGUGAGACCUUCUUGCAGGAGAGAGAUCAGAGCUCUCCACCUGCUCUCUGCAGUCUGCACUCAAAGAAACUCAGACUCUUCUGUCUGGACCAUCAGCUGCCAGUGUGUGUCAUCUGCAGAGAUUCAGAAAAACACACCGGGCACAGAUUCAGACCCAUCGAUGAGGGAGUUACAGUGUUUUGAACGUGUGAGAGAAGAGUUUGAACAAACAGCAGAACACAUCAAGGUCCAGACCGAACUCACAGAGAAGCAGAUCAAGGAGCAGUUUAAAAAGCUUCAUCAGUUUCUGGGGGAGGAAGAGGAGGCCAGGAUGGUUGCACUGUGGGAGGAAGAGGAGCAGAAGAGUCGGAUGAUGAAGGAGAAGAUUGAGGCUCUGAGCAGAGACAUAACGGCUCUUUCAGACACAAUCAGGACCACAGAGGACGAGAUGAGAGCUAAAGACGUCUCGUUCCUGCUCAACUACAAGGCUGCAGUGGAACGAGUCAAGCAGCGCCCCCUGCUGGAUGAUCCACAGUUGGCCUCAAGAGCUCUGAUAGACGAGGCCAAACAUCUGGCCAACCUGAGCUUCAACAUCUGGAACAAGAUGAAGGACGUGGUGUCCUACAGUCCUGUGGUUCUGGACCCAAACUCUGCUCAUCCAAAAAUCUGAAUAUCUGACCAGUUUGGAACAAGGAGAAAGACAGAAGCUUCCUGACAAUCCAGAUAGGUUUGAUCAUUACAACUCAGUCCUGGGAUCUGAGGGUUUUAACUCAGGGACUCACAGCUGGGACGUCCUGGUUGGAGACAGUACACGCUGGUUCCUUGGUGUAAGAGCAGAGCCUGUCCAGAGGAAGGGAGACAAAGAGUCUGGAUCAUGGGGAAUAUGGUUCUAUAAAGGUAAAUACACAGCAGUGUCACCAUCAGCAUCAUCUGUUCUCUCUGUGCAGAAGAUCCAGAGGAUCAGAGUGAAACUGGACUGGAGCAGAAGAAAACUGUCCUUCUCUGAUCCUGAUACUAACAAACACAUUCAUACCUUCACACACACUUUCACGCAGAAGAUGUUUCCAGACUUUAACACUGGAGAUCACAUGAAGCUGUUACCUGUGAAUGUCUCGGUGAGGCUUGAUCAGAGCAGUUAGAGAUAAAGAUUUUAAUCAUCAUGGUCAUUUCUUCAAGAG